AUGACCAUAUUACUAACCCUCCUUCUAUUAUUCGCAUCUCCAGCCGUUCAUGGAGAAGUCUAUGAAUGGCCAGCGCCAUCGGAUGCCAUUGAGAGGAAGUUCGAAAAAGCAGCAUUGACAUCUGAUAAUGCGGCUUGUUCGAAAAUUGGAGGAGAAAUCCUUCGCAAAGGUGGAAACUCUAUCGAUGCUUCCAUCGCUUCAAUGUUCUGUCUAGGAGUGGUCAAUCCACAAAGUUCGGGUAUUGGCGGAGGAUUUCUUAUGACCUACUACGAAGAGAAGUCUGGGAAUUGUUAUUCUAUCGAUGCUCGUGAGACUGCUCCAGCUGCUGCUCAUAGAGACAUGUUUUUGAAUGAUAGUGAUGGGUCGAAGUACGGUUUCAAGGCGGCGGGCACACCUGGAGAGAUCGCAGGAUACUGGCAUGUGUUCAAGAAGUUUGGAAGUGGAAAAGUGACGUGGAAGGAGUUGGUGCAGCCAUCAGUGAAACUCGCCAGGGAUGGACAUCCAGUGUCGCCAUACUUGGCUACUGUAAUGAAAGUCAAGGAAAGGCAUUUUAGGCUGUUCCCUAGUGUUAAACACUGGAUCAACCCUGAAACCAAUGCCACUUACGCAUCUGGAGACAUCCUGAAGCGCCCAAAACUUGCAAAGACUCUCGAAAGACUCGGAAACUCUCCAAACCCGGUUCAGCUUUUCUAUCACGGUGAAAUGGCUAAAAUCAUGGCCAAAGAGUUCCAAGAGGGCGGUGGUUUGAUUACAGAGAAGGAUUUGGCGAAUUAUAAAGUCAGAGAAUAUGUGAAUUCCAAUUCGAAUGACCACUUUAGAGGGACCUUGACAAUGUGUGGAGGUCCACCACCUAGCUCCUUCGGAGUUACACAGCUGAUCAUUUCAGUGAUGAGCAAACUCUUCCCCGAAGGCCACCACGACGACAUCUAUCAAGACCCUAAAGUGCUUCACAAGUACAUUGAAGCCAUGAAAUUCUCCUACGCUCAACGCACUCUUCUCGGAGACCAUGACUUUGUCAAAGGGGCUCUGGAACUUUCCAAAAACUUAACUACCCCAGAAUACACUCAAUGGGUGAUUGAUAGAAUGGAGGAGAAGGCGCAACCAUCAAAGAACUAUGGAGGCAUCGCACAGUACGUUCCACCGGACCAUGGUACCAGCCACGUGUCCGCUAUGGAUCAAUAUGGGAAUGGAGUCUCGGUGACAACAACUAUUAAUAGAUGGUUCGGUGCCGCAGUCGAGUCCACCGAGUUCGGAAUUCUAUGGAACGACGAGAUGGAUGACUUCAGUACCCCAGGAAUGGAGAAUGGAUUUGGCUUCGCUCCAUCUGAAACCAACUUCAUCGAACCAGGAAAGCGACCGAUGAGCAGUAUGUCUCCAAUGGUGAUUUUCGAUCAUGUCACCAAAAAAGUUAGGAUGGUUAUCGGAGGAUCCGGUGGAUCGAAGAUUAUUUCGGCGCUGGCUAAGUCCGUGGUUCGCUCUCUAAUCUUCCAUGACUCCAUCAAAAAGGCAAUCGACGCCCCAAUGAUCCACAACCAGUUCACCCCGGACAUCACCCAACUCGACGACGAGUUUCCUCAAAAUAUGAAGUCGAUACUAGAAACUGAAUACCUUCAAAAGUUCCGAAACACCACCGGAUUCGAGGGAAUCAUUCAAGGUGUCAAUGUUCUGGAGGAUGGGAUUUAUGCUUGUGGAGAUUAUAGGAGGAAGACUGAUCAGGAGCCAGCUGGAUUUUAA